AUGCCCAUCGGCGCCAAGUACCGCGACAUGGGCACCAUGAUCGAAGGUCGCAUCGAAGCCGGCGUUGUCCAGAAAACCUCGACCCUGAUCAUGAUGCCCAACCGUGAAGAAAUCGGCAUCGCCGCCCUGUACGGCGAAACCGAAGAUGAAGUCCCCUACGCGACCUGUGGAGAUCAAGUGCGAAUGCGGCUGCGAGGCAUUGAAGAAGAAGACAUCAUGCCGGGGUUCGUGCUCUGCUCGCCAAAACGCCUCGUCCACUGCGUCAAGGAAUUCGAAGCACAGAUCAACAUUGUGGAACUCAAGUCCAUUCUGUCCGCGGGCUUCGACUGUGUGCUCCACGUCCAUGCUGCCACGGAAGAAGUCACGUUUGCGGCCCUCUUGCACAAGCUCGAACCGAGGACCGGGCGUAAGAGCAAGAAGCCGCCUCCGUUCGCCGCCAAGGGGCAGAACAUCAUCGCCAGACUGCAAGUGACCAGCGGGGGAGGCAAGAUCUGUGUCGAGCGGUUUGAGGAUUAUCCCCAACUAGGUCGCUUCACGCUACGCGAUCAGGGGCAGACGAUUGCAGUGGGGAAGAUCACCAAGCUGAUUCUCGAUGACGACUAA